UACAGUCUGUCGACGUCCUGCGCGGGAGCGGAAAACGUGCAUCCGAUUGUGGAGCGAAAGGAUCGGUGUUUUUUUCUGGUAAAUUUUGAGCUGUUACAACACUUUGUUGAAACAUCAAUUAUAUCCUGCUUUCUUACAGACGUCUGCACAAACUAGAGCUUGGUAAUACGUUCAGCAUGGCUCCGGAUUGGAAACCUGGUGAUCUGAUCUUUGCCAAGAUGAAGGGCUAUCCACACUGGCCUGCAAGAAUCGAUGAAGUCCCAGACGGUGCUGUGAAGCCAUCAAAUAUCAAGUUCCCCAUUUUCUUCUUUGGCACCCAUGAAACUGCCUUUCUCGGCCCAAAGGAUAUCUUUCCGUACCUGCCCAACAAAGAGAAGUACGCCAAGCCCAACAAGAGGAAAGGCUUCAAUGAAGGAUUGUGGGAGAUUGAGAACAACCCCAAAGUUGAGCUCACUGCACCCAAGCCGGUCCCCCCAGAAUCUUUCACUGAAAAGGAUAUGGACAGCAGCCAAGAGGGAGAAGAUGAAGCAGAUGACAAGGGAAUAAAAUCCAAAGUUCCAGGAAGUGAGGCUGAGCAGGAGAAUGAGAAUGAGGAGGAGGAGGAGGAGGAGGAGGAGGAGGAGGAGGAGGAGGAAGGGUCUCUGAUCUCUGAGCAGAGUCCUCAGAACCAGGAUGUCUCGGCACUGAAAGAAUCCACAGAUGUUCCUAAAUCCAAGAGAGGAAGAAAGAAAAAGAGUGAUGUUGACCAGGAGACUGAAAAAGACAGUGCAGGUGCUAGUCCUAUUAGCCCCUCAGGUGCAGAGGCUCCUAAACGAAGAGGCAGGAAGCCCAAAAGUGAGAAGUUACUUUUGCUCCAGCAGCAGGAGAAGCAAGGCUCAGGAAGUGAAAUGGACACUGCUGAGUCAGACAGAAAGAGAAAGAGGGCACCAGAGGACAAGUCCAAGAGUGGAGAUGAGGAGAAGAGAAAGAAGGAGGACGGCAAAGGAAAGGAUGCGGAGGGGAAGGAGCCUGAAGCAAAGAGGAAAAAGCCAAACAAGGAGGACAGUUCAUCAGGCUCUGACAAUGAAGAGAAAAACAAAGGCAGAAAGAAACACCAAAACUCAGAAGUGGACAAAGAUGUGCGGCGGCGGAAAGUGGAUGAACUAAGAGAGCCAAACAAAGAUGAUGGGAAGAAAAAUGAAGAAAGGACAGGAGUCAAGAAAAAGGAAAUGUCAACUGACUUGAAACUCCAGAGACUGCACAGUGAAAUCAAGAUUUCACUGAAAAUUGACAACCCUGAUGUGAAGAAGUGUCUGGAAGCAUUAGAUGAGAUUGGUGCCCUUCAAGUCACAACUCAGCACCUGCAUAAACACAGUGAACUUAUUGGCACGCUCAAAAAGAUUCGCAGAUUCAAGGCCAGCCAGGACAUCAUGGACAAGGCCACCAUGCUGUAUAACAAGUUUAAGAGUAUGUUUCUGGUUGGAGAAGGUGACUGCGUGCUUAGCCAGGUGCUCAACAAGUCUUUAGCGGAACAGCGGCAGCACGAGGAAGCCAAGAAAGGAGCACUGAAGAGGGUGGAACAAGUCAAGGAAAACAACUCAGACAAAAUGACAAAUGGUGAUAUCAGCCCUGAAGAGAAGAAGCAGGAGACGGAGAGAGAGAAGCUUCCUGAGGACGCCUCAGUGGGAGAAAAUCACAGUGCCCCAAAAGCUCAGGAAGAGUCCACUUAAGUGUCGUACAUGCCUGAAGAGAAGACAUUUGCUGCUGUACAACUGGGCUGACCAACUGGGAUCUCCUGUCCAGUUCCUUUUGAUGACUGAUAACUUGUUUCCAGUUUACUGACCGUUUCCGUCAGUGCUGCUACUCAAAGGUUACAGUACAUCAAACCCCUCCGCUGCCCAGACAAAGACUGACUGAAUAUAUAUAUUUUUUUUGUUGUUGAUGUUACUUAGUUUAAUCUUUACCUUUUAGAUGCCUGGUGUCACAUGCACCGUCUCAUCUGUUGAAUUUGAGUAAUGACAGUGUAAUGCUAAGAUACUUACUGAGCACACUCACAGAGACAAGGUUACUACUAUUUGGUCCAAUUUUUGAUUGGAGUAGAUGGUUUUAUUGUACGCAAUUAUUUCAUAUACACUUGAGAUAGUUUGUUUUUUUGACAUUUACAAAAUCAAUGGUUUGAUAUUAUCUUGAUUUACAAAUUUUUGUAAGUACAAAGGCGUAGUUGUAGUUAGAAGCAGCAUCACCACCAUGUCUAAUAAUAUUGGUUAGAUUAACAUGCUAUAGCUGCAUAUUCUCUUCAGAAAAGUCUGCAAGUUUGCCAAAGUUUAUUUUGCCAUUAUUUAGUUUUUCUCAACCAUGUGUAAGUGUCUGUUUUAAAAGUUGGUUUUCUUUUUAACAUAGAUGUAAAUAAGAGUAUUUUUGUGCCUGUCUGAUGACCUGUUUCAGCAUCCAACAAUAAAGUAGUACAUUAAGUA